CACACUCGCAAGCGGCUUUGUAAAUAUAACUACAAUAACCAAAUAUAUCUUUAAAUAUUUGACUGGCCUAAGUCCAGACCCGUAAUUUAAUUAACGCAAUGCUGCGAUUUCUCCAGAAAAGAACUAGUCUCAUAAAGCUGUUGGUACCAGGUCCCCGGCUUCAUCAAACCAUUGCACAAACAGCGAUAAAGGAUAUACCAUCGAUAAAAGAAGUAAGUAUCCCAAAGAGCGACAAAGCCGUGGGAAAAUGGUUACUGGGAAUCAGCGGCAUGGUGUUUGUGGCAGUUGGUUUAGGCGGAGUAACCAGAUUAACGGAGUCUGGCCUUUCUAUGGUAACCUGGAAGUUGACGGGAGAACGUAUGCCUAGAACCCAAGAGGAGUGGUUACAGGAGUUUACACUGUAUCAGCAAUAUCCGGAGUACAAGCUGAAGAAUGUUAAUAUGACAGUGGAAGAGUUCAAGUUCAUAUUCAUGAUGGAGUACAUGCACAGAAUGUGGGGACGCGCUAUUGGUGGGUUCUUUCUUCUGCCAGCCAUAUACUUCUGGAGAAGGGGAUUUUUUUGUGCGCGGACUAAGAAGAGUGUUUUACUGCUGGGCACUUUGAUCGGUCUGCAGGGCCUCAUGGGUUGGUAUAUGGUCAAGUCAGGGCUGGAAGACCGGUUCCAGGAUCCCAACGAUGUUCCCCGAGUCUCGCAGUACAGAUUGGCAUCGCACCUAGCAGCAGCAUUUAUCCUCUAUUCACUCUCCCUAUCAAAGGCAAUGUCCCUGCUGAUCCCCAACAGCACAUUCGUGAUUCAAGCCAAAAAAGCAUUUAAUAUUAAGGGUCUAACCCACCUGACAAAGGCAAUGGUCCUACUGACUGCCAUUUCUGGAGCUUUUGUGGCUGGACUGGACGCUGGGUUGGUGUACAACUCAUUCCCCAAGAUGGGAGACAGUUGGAUCCCUGACGACAUGUGGCAGUUUGAGCCGAUUCAGAAGAACAUAACCGAGAAUCCGACGACUGUACAGUUCAAUCACCGCAUCCUCGGUAUAAGUACAGUGACUCUGACCACAGCUCUUUGGCUUGUGACCAGGAGGAUGAAGUUGCCCAAGCGAGCCAAAUGGGCAAUCAAUGCUGUGGUGGCUAUGGCGUGGACACAAGCCACCCUUGGCGUAACCACUUUGCUUAACUACGUGCCUGUGCCCUUGGCGACUGCCCAUCAGUCCGGAUCGCUUAUACUCUUGAGUUUCGCUUUAUGGCUAUCACAUGAAGUUCGACUGUUGAAGUACCUGCCAAAGUAAAGAGGCAAAUAAAUAAUUGUUUGUUAAAAAAA